ACCAAAACAACGUGACCUUUCAAAUAUGAAACAAGAUGAACAUUGACUGAAACAACUUGGUGGAAAUCGGAUUAACUCAUUCAUAUGACAGUAAUAUCUACUUUUUCGGCAACCGAGCUAUGUGGGAAUCAAAUUUUAAUCGCUCCUUUUUUUGUGGUUUGAUUUGAAAGCCGAUGACAACAAUCACGAUGCUACGUUUCCUGACUGCCCGGGAUUUGAUUUCAGUCUUCAAACGAAGUCUUCCUACGGCAAAGAGGCAGGUGAAUCGCUUUCCUCUUCCACAAAGCGGCGUAUGCGUUCAAAAAGUGAAUUUCUUUACAAUAAGCCCCUCCAGAAAAGAUGCCUCGCUUCCCAACCCACGUGUGUCACAUGGACCAGAUCCUAUAGACUUGGACAAAUGGAAAACAGUAAUGAGAUCAAAAGCAACACCAGAGGAGAAGAUACAAGUGGACGAUGAAGGUGAAGAUGAAGAUGAGACAGAGGGCGACUUGACACUCGAAGCAACCCGUGAACUUGUUUCAAUGUGGAGGCUUGCUGGAAAACUUGUACCUCAAGAAAUUACUGAUGAGGAGCUCCAAGCCCUUGCAAAACUCACUACAAAGUCUGCAAGAAAAAAGUACCUAAAAUAUCUGGCUAUCCGAGAGGGUCACAAGAAGUCAAGAAAAGAGAAACAGCUGAAAAAGAAAGCCUAUAGGGAAUCCUUGUUAGAGCAAAAGCGUGAGGUGGAGGGAGAGGAGGAUGAUCAAAAAGUACCAGAAAUUAAGAACUCUCUAAUUUUACAGUUUUGGAACCGGUCCUUGGACAAGGUGUUGGGCUGGAGGUGUGCCCAGGCUAUGAUUUUUGGUCAGCCAUUGAUUUUUGACUUGAGUUAUGAGGAUAACAUGACAAAACGUGAAAUUGAAAACACUGUAUCCCAGCUUAUGGAAGUGGAGGCGUGGAACAGAAGAGCCAGUGAUCCGUACCAUCUACACUUCUGCAAUCUCCAGCCAGACAGUUACUACAAAGAGCAGUUGAUCAAACGUUAUGGAGAAGAAACUUGGGACAGAUUGCUGAUAACCAGCACAGAAAAGCAACAUUUUGAGGUUUUCCCACGUGAACAGCUUGUGUAUCUUACUGCUGAUUCUCCAAAUGUCCUUCGCACCUAUGACCACAGCAAAGUCUACAUAGUUGGUGCUUUAGUGGACCGCUCAAUCCAAAGAGGACUGUCUCUAGCAAAUGCAAAACGUUUAAAACUGGCCACAGCACGUUUGCCUCUAGAUGAGUUCCUUCACUGGGAGACAGGGGCUAAAAAUCUGACUCUAGACCAGCUUAUUCGUAUCAUGCUUACUAUUAAGGACACAGGGAAGUGGCAAGAGGCUUUGCAAUUUGUGCCAACAAGGAAACAUGAUGGAUUUCAUCCUCACCAGCAGAAAGGGACCAAACACGUGAUAAAUAAAAGUGCGAACUUCUCUGCAAAAGAUAAUAUAAAACCUGCAUUAAAUAGACCAAGGACUUUGAAACCCAAAAUAGGAAAAUCAAACCAACCAACUAGAAACAGAAACUGGUGGGAUGAGUGAGGAGAUUAUAAUCUACAAACCAUAUUUAAAGAACAUAAAUAAAAAGCCUUUAUUUUCACAUUCUGAA